AUGUUAGACUCCCCAGUGGGGCACCGUGGGACGACGAGGGAUCUCGAUAGUAUAUCGAUAUUUCAGGUCACGAUAGUCCGUAAGAUGCGAAUUUAUGUGCAUUUAUUCUUAUUUUGAACUUCUUUCUUGUUUUAUUCGGCGUAAUCACUUUUUCAUAUUUUAUGAAUCUUCAUAUUUUAUAUGUAUUUUAUUAUAUUUCAUAUUUCAUAUUUUAUAUGAAAAGUCUUAGUUCAUAGUAUAUAAAAUUUAUAGUUCCUAGUUUAUUUUUUAUAUGAAAAGUUCUAGUUUGUAGUAUGAUUCUUGAUACUGGAUAUGUACGAUUUAGAGCAGAUUUCUUUCUCUUCGAUAUAAUUGAUAAUUGAUAUUGUCGAAAAACUUGAAAUAUUUCGACAUAUUUUGAAAAAUGAAGGAAAUACCACUUUUGUGUUAUUAUAUCGUUUAUCAAUCGCAAUUAAUGAUUGAAAUAUGAUACGAUUUUUUGAAAAUUUGCUUUAGUAAAGUGAGACGGAAAAGUGAAUUAAAUUUCAAAAUUAAUUCCAGUCUAAAAAUUCUCAUGUUACGCUGUAUCGUGAAAAAUAUUUUGGAAGUAUUUUUUUUCUUUCUUGUUUUUUGGUUACUUCAGAUAAUUUCGCAGUGAAAACCGUAAAUGGUUCGGUAAUACGAUGGAAUUCAAACAAAGCCAUCAAAAAUUCUGUUGGUCAAUCAUCUAUUGUCAGACUGUUUAUGCAUACAACUUCCUUCAUCGAGGAUGUCGAUCUUGCGUUCAAUUGCAAAACUUACACCACGUCGCCGAUGCUGAGGUUGAAGAGGUUCCUUUUCUGCGAAUACGAUCACACCGUUCGACCGACACUGUCUCAUCAAGUCGCCAACAAUGUCACCAUGCAAUUACUGCCGAAAUUAUUGGAAUUCGUUUGGAACGACGCUCAUUUAACUUGGAAGGCAAGCGACUACGACGGAGUUAAUUUCAUUCAUAUAAGAAGCGACGAGAUUUGGGUUCCUGAUCUUUCCGUUUAUAAUUCUGGUGACAUGACGUUCGAUCAGACCGGCAUACCGCCGACAACCUGCUUGAUCUUUAACACAGGAUCGGUUAGCUGCGUGCCAUCGGUGAAACACGUUGCCAAAUGCUCCACAGACUUUUCUUCGUGGCCCUAUGACACGCAUCGGUGUCGAAUUAUUUUUGGCUCGUGGUCACAUUCUGGCGAGGAAGUGAAUUUUCAUCUGGACAAGAAAGGGUUCCAAAUGGACGGAUUCACGAAUAAUACGGAAUGGGACUUCAAAGUAGUAAACGUGUACAAAGUGCUGAAGAAGUACAAAUGCUGCCCGAACGACACAUACCCGAUGAUAGUGUACGAGUUCACUGUAAGCCGACAUUAUGGUAUAAUGCACACUACGUACAUCACACCUGCAAUAGCAAUGAUGUUGCUUACGCUGACCGUACUUUGGUUGGACUCGAGAUCGACGGAGAGAAUGGCUAUCGCCGGUGUGAACUUGAUCUGCCAUAUGCUCUGUAUAUUUGAUUUACACUGGCAAUUACCUCAUAAUGUACUCUACUAUCGAGAUUCGCUAGCUAUAGCCGUGUUCGCCUUAGUUUUAACCGCUGUCCUCCGCAAGAUGCAAGGAAUGAGCAUCGAAGUGCCAUAUUGGAUCUCGACGACCACGUCGUUCAUCUUGAGUAACAGAGCUGGACGUUUUCUCAUUCUAACCGACGACGAUUCCAAAUCGUCCAGCAGGGGAAUAUUGGGCGGAGAGACCGAGGAUAGUUCAGACUUGCCGAAAUCAUCAACCGAGCCGAGGGGAUCGUCGUGGAGACAUUUCGCAGCCAUCAUCGAAUGGCUGUCUUUCUUCGUUGUUAUUUUUACCUACGUCAUCAUUUUAAUCACUCUUGUACCAUCCACGUGAAGAAUCGUCCCCUAUUUUGUCUUUCAUCGGAAAUCAACUGUAGAUUCUCAUUUUACAAUAAACGAUCAUUUAUGACGAUACCCUUUUCUUUUCUUAUUAUAUUAACAAAAGAUUGAUUCAGAUUGUUCCUUUUAUCAGACAUUUUACGCUCGUGUAUGUUGUUACGAGAUUUAUAUAGAGUUUUAAAUAAAUUAUGCCAAUGCCCGUUCGAAUUUUAAUUCCAGUGAUUUCAAAUAGCGUCCCCUUUCUGUUUUCCAGUUUUCGAAUAGGUUUUUAUUAAUAGACAUUUUGAUAGCACUGACAUAUUGGCUUGAUAUAUUAAAGUCUAUAAAGAAUUUAUCAACUGCAAAAUGAAACUGAUUACUUGUACUAUUCUAUUCUAUUAGUACAGUAGCAUGAUGUCUAAAUAUAACAUGUCCAGUUUAAUGUCAUCGUUGACUCCAAAAAAUGUAAUUCCAGAUCAAAAUUUAUUUAUUUAUUCUCUUCUGAAAGAGAACUAUUAAAAAGACAUCACGAUUACUUUCUGUCAACGAUUAUUCUACUUACGUCUGCCUGAUUAACACGAGACGAUAUCAAUUAUCACUGUGAAGCGACUUCUUCAAUUAGAAUGAAUAAAAGUCGUCUAUUUUCAUUUUAUACUCGACAGCACAGCCAUAGUCAAAAUUCUAACAUUGAUAAAAGUUGA